GUGGGAGUCACUACGGCCGUCGAGAGCCGCGCGAGUGAGUGAAGACUACCCGAAAGAGUCGUGCUACACUCAGUCUGUCCGCGGCCGUCCGUCAAGCAGACUUCUCCGGCUCUCCUUCUGCCACGCUCCCUUCCACCUCACCCUCGACACUCGACGGGUCUCCGGUCUCGAGGGCCUCGCGGAAGACACAUGUCGUCGGCUGGUGGUGCAGCUGCUACCGGCUAACAACCCGCGUACGUCGCGCGUUAACGUUAAGUAACGAAUUUACGCGACGUUCUUCGAGUGCAGCCCUCCCUCCCCCUCUUCCACCCCGCCGGUCGUUGUUGAUUAACCUUUCUUUCGUGUGUUUUUUGUCUUUUCGCGCGCGACUGGUUUUCACAUAUAUCGUAUAUGAAAGUGACUCGACGCGGUGACGGAGUGUUUGUAGUGCGACCAGUGACAGGACACCGGACCAACGGACAGGAUGCGGUCAACGAGACUUCUCUGGAGCCUCCUCGUCGGGCUCGUCGCGAUCGUCGGCUCUCCGGUUACCCGACACGUCGCCGACGGCUUCAACGUCGAGACCAAACACUACGCGGUGUAUCGCAUGGAGGAGAGGUCCAUGUUCGGAUUCGCUGUGUCGACGUAUCGUGACAGUCGUUCCCGCGGAUGGGCGGUCGUGGGCGCACCAGAAGCUGAAACUGCACAAACCGGCGUCUACCGAGGAGGCGCAGUCUAUAAAUGCGAUAUCGCGGCUGACGAUAGAUGCAACAUAAUCCAUUUCGACGAUAAAGGGAAUAAUCACGUCAGAAAUCCAAAUGUCCCUGGCGGCUUGAGUCAGAUCGACAACAAGACCCUGCAGUGGUUCGGUGCGACGGUCUCAGCUUCUAGCAAGGACGGAGGCCCGAUUCUGGCAUGCGCGCCCAGGUACAUCUGGUUCUCGGUGUCGCAGCCCAAGUACGAUCCCGAUGACAAUAGGUGGAACAAGGAGUCGACGGCGGGCAACAGAAGAGAGCCAGUGGGCACAUGCUGGGUCGUCGGUAGUAAUUUCAACGAAUCCCAGGAAUACUCGCCUUGCCGCACGAGGUACUGGGGUUAUCACAGGCAGGGUUCUUGUCAAGCUGGUUUAGGAGGCGCGUUGUCCAAGAAUGGCGAGAGACUCUUCAUAGGAGCACCAGGCAGUUAUUACUGGCAAGGUCAGAUAUACUCGAUCGCCGCCUCCAUGAGAUUGAAGUUCGUGGCGACGAUGUUAAUCACCGAAGCCGAAGCAUCAGGACAAGCGUUUUCGCAGGCCUUGAAUAAUGGUCGAUCGAGAAUCAUGUUUACCAAAGAGGGUCCCGCGAAGGAGGACGAUAGUUACAUGGGUUAUUCCGUCGCGACAGGAGAUUUUGUUGGGAACGGAGAUAGUGGUACCGCGGUUGGUGUCCCGCGCGGUUCCGAUCUUCUGGGCAAGGUCUUACUUUUCACGUCGAACAUGACAAAUCCUCGAAAUCUUACUGGCGAACAAAUGGGCGCGUACUUCGGUUACGCCAUAGCUGCCGGCGAUAUAGACGGGGAUGGGUUGGAUGACCUGAUAGUCGGUGCACCCAUGUACACAAUUCCAGAUAACCCGGAAAUGACCAUCGAAACCGGAAGAAUUUAUGUUAUCUAUCAGGGCCAUGGUGCGGAGAAGUUUCGCAAAUUCGAUACGAGGGACGGCGAAAGCAACCGCGGACGUUUCGGCCUGUCGCUGGCCUCUCUGGGGGACAUCGACCGUGACGGUUACGGUGAUUUCGUCGUCGGCGCGCCCUAUGCUGGUCCAAACGGACGCGGUGCCGUCUACAUCUAUCUCGGCUCACGGACUGGGGUACUUGAGAAGUAUUCCCAGGUGAUCCACGCGGAGGACUUGGAUAAUCCGGUACAGACCUUCGGAUUCUCUGUGGCCGGUGGCCUUGACCUCGAUAACAACGUUUAUCCAGAUCUGAUAGUCGGUGCAUACGAAUCGGGAACGGCGAUGUUUUUCAGAUCACGACCGGUGAUUAAGAUGGACUCCUACGUGACCUUUGACUCCGAAUCCAAGUUGAUCUCUUUGGAUAAUAGAAACUGCACGCUUUCGGACAACACUAGAGUCACGUGUUUUCCGCUUAGGGCUUGCUUCAAAUACACAGGAGAGGGUGUUCUCUCGAGACACAAUUUUAACAUACAAUACGUACUCGACGUGAAGAAGACGAAGAAUCCGAGACUGUUCUUCCUAGAGUUGGAAGGAAGGAACACGAUGAAUCACACGAUCGCGGUCGAACGCGAUCGUCAGUUUUGUCGCACAGUCCAGGUCUAUGUGACUCCUAACAUUCGUGACAAGUUAACGUCAUUGGACGCCGAAAUGCGUAUGAGUCUAGAGGAAGAACGGAUUUUGGAUAAUCGUCGUCGUGACCCUAAAAUACCAUUGAGACCAGUCCUCGGCGCGACGACUUCCAGAAAGGACACUCUCUCUAUCAGAAAGAAUUGCGGUUACGACAAUAUCUGUAUACCUGACUUGCAGCUUCAAGUGAAACCCAACGUUGUCAGAUACUUGUUAGGAUCUGGCAAAAGAUUGGAACUCGAAGUCCUGGUUCAAAACGAGGGCGAGGAUGCUUUUGAGGCAAUGUACAUUCUGCAAUUACCGGCAGGCAUUGAUUACAUCAACAUCGAGCGUGUCGAGACCCUGGCAAUUCCCGUUCACUGUUCCGCACCCAAACCAUCGAACAACAAUACCCUACGCUGUGAUAUCGGAAAUCCAUUGCCACAGAGAAAGCUGGUGAAAUUUAAAGUGCUGCUUCAACCUGUGACGUCUCACGGGAUGAAGCCCAUCUACGAAUUCGAUAUGCACGUCAAUACUACGAACCCCGAAGAUUCCACAACUAUCUAUGAUAACACGCAACGUUUGUCACUGCCAAUUUGGAUAGAAACAGAUUUGCGCGUCGACGGUGAGAGCAAGCCUAAAGAUCUAUACUAUAAUCCUGGAAAUUACACUGCUGUGAAUAUUACGUCGGAGCUCGAAUUGGGACCAGCGGUGACACACAAUUAUACUAUUCGCAAUCAAGGUCCAUCAGAUAUCGUUGAAGCAGAGGCGUACCUCAUAUGGCCCGCGCAGACUUUAUCCAAGAAGAUACUGAUGUAUUUAUUGGAACAGCCGGAGACUGCGGGACCGAUUGCUUGCGAAUCUGCCAACGCGAAUUAUCUUAGUUUGAAGUUGGAUCAGCGCAGAAGAGUGCACUUAAAUUAUCCCGAUUACUCCGGCGUAAUCUUGGAUGAAUCGCAGUCAGGCAGAACAAUCAAUGUUCAAAGAGGUUUCGAAAUAGAUCGUAAUAAAAUAAAUCAGAAGGAAGAAGCCGAGAUUAGUAGUGGCGAUAGUUCAAAUAUUCAGAAAUCGCGGCACUCCUCGUCGUCAUCCUCCUCAUCUUCUUCCAGUAUUGCCGAGACCAGAAGAAUUCAGCUGAAUCCAACAGGAGAGAAACCUGAAGUCCUCACUACAACGUACACGCACAAUUCUUCCGGAACUAGCUCGAGUGGUAGCGGUGACUCGUCCAGCCAUCGCGGUGGCGUUGUUUUUCAUACGGAAUCGAGCGGUAGUUACGGUUCUACAAUUGGUGGGGGAUUCCGUGGAUCUGAAGAAGAAUCCUUUAGAACGAGUAACAAGAUCUCCGGAAGUAAUCGAUUUAACGAGUUUUCCUCUCUUAAACCGGAUACCAGUUAUCCCACCCCGAGGCCUAAUCUCGAACAGUCCUACGGAACUCGCACGAAUCCAUCCGUUAGGGUGGAAAGUCGUUGGGAAGAGAAUGGUGAAGCGCAAAGUCAUACAAGCUCAUCUUCAGGAGGGUACGAUUCAAUUAUGACUGAAAGCGAGAGACGAUAUCAGGACAUGCUUAGGCAGCAAGAAGAAGCUCGUUUGCGUCAGGAGGAGGAAACACGACGAAGAAAGCUGCAAGAGGAAACGCUUGUAGUACAACGUCAGCAGGAACAAGAUCGUAUCGCUCUGCAACAUCAUCGGGAGGAGUUAGAUCGACGACGGCAAGAGGAAGAUCGACUGAGAGAGGAACGACUUAGAGAGGAACGACGAAGGGAAGAGGAAGAAGAACGAUAUAGAGAGGAAGAACGGCGAAGGCUGCAGGAGGAAAGACGUCUGCAGGAAGAGAAGGAACAUAAGUACAAUUAUGACGAGGAAAGGCGUUAUGGCAUAACCACAGGUGGUUACCAUCGAACGGAAGAUGAUUUCAUUACUGGCGAUCGCGAGGAGACGGUCGGAAGUCGAGAAUUUGGUUUACACAACGUCAGCUCCACGCAAGAAUUGGAGCGGAUUUUUGGCACGUUGUCGAAAGACGCAGCUGGCUAUCAAGUGUACAGUAGACAGGGACAGCAGUAUGUGCAAUUUAAGGCGAGAUUCAGGACAGCCGCCGACAGAAAGGAGUACAUAGAGUUUCAGGACAGCUCUAUGUUCCCCCUUCAAGAUCGUUAUGGUGGGCAAAGCUACAUCUCAGAAUCCACGGAACCUCGCGACAGUCGAUUCCUUAGAAUAGAAGGUCAACUACUUGUGGCUCCGGAUGGCAAAGGUUACAUCGUAUUGAAGGAUGGUCGAAGAUUCCCUCUUCAAGGUUCUUUUACGCACACUGAGGAAAGAACGUACACUUUGCAUGGUCCGCAUGAUAGCUAUCAGGGCGGCAAUGCUGAUAAUCAAGGUCACGGAACUUACAGUCAGUCUUGGCGUGAGGAAUCAUCCAAUCAUGGUGCGACUUCGGACGGAGGCUAUGAAAGCAGUUAUAAUACACGUACACAUGAAGAGAGGCGAACAGAAGAGAGAACCAGUAACACCAAGAUUUAUGGAAGAAAUGAAUUUAAUGAGUCCCCUACUCUUAAUCCUAAUUUUGCGAGCUCGAGAUACAGACGCGAGAGCGACAUGGUCGACAUCGAGGAUUUCAAAAAUUUCGAACGGCUUCACAGACAUCGACGAGAUCUCGAGACGGACGACUUUCCAUCGAACGCAGCUAUGCCCCAGGAUAACGAUUAUUACCAAGAGAAUGAUCCCGAUUCGCAGUGUAGUACAGCGAAAUGCGUUGUGUUGCGAUGCGUAAUGGGUCCAUUGAAGAAAGAUCAAGAGGUCUGGAUCAGUGCGAGGUACCGCGUGGACGCUAGGACUUUGAAAGAAGUAGCUCUUGAAGAGAAGGUGAAGGUGAAGACGAAGCUGGAAGCACGUGUCACAAAGCAACCAUUCAUCGGUACACCUGCCGAAAAGGUCAUCAGGAGCGCUGAAGUUGUGACGAACAUCGAACCCAGCGUGCCGCCUUCUGCUCCGGAUAUGAUUCCAAUAUGGGUGGUAGUUCUGUCGGCUUGCGCGGGAAUGAUAAUCCUCUUGUUGCUCAUUUAUUUGCUUUAUAAGUGCGGUUUCUUCAAGAGGAACAGACCUUCCGACGCUCCAGAAAGACAACCACUGAACCGAAACGGUCACUUCCAACAAGGCGAGGAACAUUAAAUAAGGAUGACCGUUCAUCUUUGUUCUAUUGAAACUUUUUGAUUAUACCUGAUCGAAUCAUAGGCGAGUUAGGAAUCUCGGUUAUGCAACAGAACCAUGAAAAACGCCUUGGUCUUCAAAUAAUCGAAGGAAUGCGCGUUGCAUGGAUUCACUUGGUGUAGUCUGCGAACAUAGUUUCGACUUCUAUUGAAUAUCUCAUUAGCGUUCGACAGUGCCUUAAUUCAGGCAAUUUGUGCCAUCUUUAAUGUUCAGGCAAGACGAGUAUCUGCCGAGGUGCACUGAAAUGUUAAUUUUGAGUGGCGAUCGAUUCGUCACUCGUAUACUGCCGCUGAAUACUCCUUCCAGCUCCUGCAGCUCGACCAUGCAAAUUUCUAGUCAGGAGACGUCUUCUUCUUUUUUUUUUAUUAUCUGUAAUUACUUAAGCCGCACGUACAGUCGGCAGAUACGAACGAAUAUCUCGACAUUCAUCGACGAAUCGUAUCUUCGUGUAUAUAAGUAAUAUAUAUGUAUAAUAUAUGUUAUUUUUUUGUAAUACCGUUACUAUUUCUCGCGGUAAAACGCCUUGAUACGUGCCUCGUCGCUUUCGCUGUCUUUUUACGAUAGAGUAUAAUUAUUUUUUUACUCGCGUUCGGUCGGCACGAACUCAAACAAUUUUUUAUCUCACCGAUGAUUCUCUUAGAGGAGCUAGUUCGGUAUCGAAAACUUUAUAGAUAAUCUCUCGUUUAAGACCCCUUUCAUACGAGCAUUUGAUGACCGGAUAUUGUGUAUAGUAAAUCAUACCGUAGAUAAUUCUUCAGAUAUCUUUGAGAUGUUUUUAAUAGUUUCGUAUUUGAAUGAUGCUUUAUUAACAGCAUUUCAAAUUUUAAUUCGUUUGAAAGGGGUCUAAAUUGCGAUUUUGAAAUCGCAAUGGAAUUUUUUAGUUAUUUAUUAAAUUUUUAUGUUCUAUACGUAAUACCGUAACGUAUGCUUGAGCGCUGUAAUAAUAGUGUGAUGCGUCAUCACGCACGCAAGGUGAAUGUGUGUACAAUCUGUAAAUUAUUAAUUUACGUUACUAAAAACUGUCCACAGAAAGUGGUUUAACGCAAUAAUACUGGAUUAGAAAGGUUUUAUAUCUUUCUAAUAUAAAUAUAUAGAAAGCUAGAACUGACUUGUACAUACAAUAUUAAGAUAUAAUAUUAAAAAAAUAUAUAUAUACAUAUAAUGAAAUUAACACUAUAUUGCGUAUAUUGAUAAUUUUUCCCCAAUAAAUCUGUUAAAAAUGUAAUUGUAGCUGAAAAGAAGAAAAAUCACAUUUUGAAUGAAUUUAUAUAAUAAUUUAUUGUAAAAUUACAAUGACGUAACAGCUUUUGGUAUAAAUCAAAUGUUUGAUUAAGAUCAAUGUGUAUACUGUCUGUGCUAUUUACUAAUCGCAUUGAUCGCUGAAACCAGUGUAUGUUGUAUGCCCAAAUUAUAAGAAAAAUCUUCCGAAUAUAAAAAAAUAUAUUAA